CAAAAACAACUACUAAAACUUUAACUACAACUACCACUUCAACCUCAACAACACCAGAAACUUACUACACAUCGACGUCAACUGUUAUUUCCUCUGAAACAACAACAACAUCAACAACAACAAUAUUGCCAGAUACUCCAGCAUAUCCAACACCUGGGUUUACAACAACCGGUAGUAGCACAACAUUUCAGACUUCAACUAUACAAUCAACAACAGUAUCAUCAUCAUUGACAACAACACAAUCACCAACAUUAUCAACAACGUUAUCAACAACGUUAUCUACAACACAAUUACCAACAAUAUCAACAACAUUAUCAACAACACAAUCACCAACAUUAUCAACAACAGGAAACCCAUCUCUGAUGUUUUUAUCUACAACGAGUUUAAUGCCACCAAUGAUUCCUCAGUCUGGAACUUCAUGUGGAACAUGUAUAUGUGAUUGUUCUUUGAAAACAACAACAACGACUACAAUUGGCUCUACAGUGACGAUAUCAACAUCAGAUUCGUCGACAACAUCUGUAAUAUCAUCUCCAUCAUCAUCGACAAUAUUACCCUCGUCGUCAACAUCAACGUCGACAAAAACAACAGCAACAACAGCAUCAACAGCAACAUCAUCUUCUUCAUCAACGAGUCAACCAUCUUAUACAAUGAUGUACGGUAGCAACAUGUACGGAGCCACCAAUAUGUACGGGAGCAUGUACGGAGUCCCAGAUAUUGUUUUUACGACCCUUCACCCUACCCUGGCUCCACUAGCCACCGUUCCACAGACAACUUUGCCACCCCUAAAGCAUCCUUUAGUUACCACGUUGGAAGCUGCUUCCAUAACUCUAGGAGCAGUUUCUACAUCUCCUGAAGCAGCUUUACCAGCAGAUGCUCCUACUCAAGGAUCAACUACAGUAGGAGCUAUUCAAACAACGACAACAGGUGUUGCUAGCUGUGGGGGGAGCUCGGGAGCUGCAACAGUUAACUUUGUAAAUCCUGGAUAUCCAGGCUUCAACUCCAAUGAAGGAGAUUGCAGUUUUAAUCUUAAUAUAAUGCCAGGGGUUUGUCAGGUUCGUGUAGAUUUUGUUGAUACUGAGUUAUUGGAUCCCACAGAUGGUUUCUGUNGUGGGGGGGGGCUUUUAUCCAUCCUCCUUCAAGUACAGUUUUUUAUUUAA